CUUUUCAGUUCUCAAUGUAGCUGCUGGUAAGGCUCCCAUGCAGGUUAGUACGGAGUCUGGAGGGAUACCCCAAAAAGCUGUGGACGGCAGCACUAGUGCUUUCUUCAGCAGCGAAACCUGCACUUUGACCAAGCAGGAGAGGGCUCCAUGGUGGUACGUCAACCUUCUGGAACCCUACAUGGUGCAGUUAGUGCGGCUAGACUUCGGCAAGCCUUGCUGUGGAGUGAACAAGCCUGCUACCAUAGUAGUCCGAGUAGGCAACAACAGGCCGGAUCUAGGCACCAACCCUAUCUGCAACCGUUUCACUGGCUUUUUGGAGGAGGGCCAACCCUUGUUUCUGCCCUGCAACCCCCCGAUGCCAGGGGCGUUUGUUAGCGUUCACCUGGAAGCAGCUCAGGCCAGUCAGCUGUCUAUUUGUGAAGCCUUUGUUUACACCGACCAAGCGCUGCCUAUUGAGAGGUGCCCGCAGUUCAGAGAUCAACCACCAGGAAGCACUGGAACCUACAACGGCAAAUGCUACAUCUUCUACAACCGCCAACCUCUACCAUUCCUAGAGGCAGCAACGUUUUGUAGGCAAAGAGGAGGCACCCUAGUAUCUGAAAGCAACCCCGCCCUUCAAGGGUUUAUCAGCUGGGAGCUAUGGAGGAGACACCGAGGUGACGCAGCUGGGCAGUACUGGUUAGGAGCGAUAAGAGACAGGAGGAGAAGUAAUGGGUUAUGGAGAUGGCUAGAGAGCGGGGAUGAAGUUGCUGUGUCUUUCUGGAAUCUACCGUUAGGUAGUGGAGAGUGUGGAAGAUACGAUGGUACCAAAGGCUGGUUGUGGGCAGAUACUGAUUGUGAAAUGAGAAUCAACUAUAUCUGUCAGCAUCAGCCAAAAGCUUGUGGACGUCCUGAACAACCACCAAACUCAACCAUGGUAGCACCAAACUUCAAUGUAGGUACUACCAUAGAGUACGCUUGUGACGAAGGUCACCUUCUUGUUGGACCAACAACUAGGACAUGUUUAGAAACUGGAUUCUAUAACGAAUUUCCACCCGUAUGCAAAAGGAUCCAGUGUGGUUAUCCAGCAAGCAUUCCCAAUGGGGAGUACACUUUAGUAAAUGACAGUGUCGGAUAUCUAUCAAGAGUGAUUUACUCAUGUGAUGAAGGCUACGAGAUGAUUGGCAGAGCACAACUGGCAUGUGACAUCGAUGAAAGGUGGAAUGGACCUCCGCCACGAUGUGAACCUAUCCAUUGUGAAGCACCCCUGGAAAUUGCAAAUGGGAUGACAAGGAUUCCAAACGAGACAGUAUUCGGAUCAGUCGUACAAUACAGCUGCAAUCCCGGAUACAAACUUGUGGGACCAAGCUCCAUCACUUGUAUGGCAAACGGACAAUAUGAUGCUCUACCACCAACGUGUGAACAGGAAAUGUCGACUACCAACACCGAGACUCCAAGACCCACACAACGUCCAUCUCCAACAACUGUUACCAUGACAACGACUAUCAAACAACGAACCCGGGGUACCAAACCACCACCAACAACCAUCCGAGGAGUGGAAAUCAUCAAAUCUACCAGUAAAACAAAGAAACCCCAAAGAACCACAACUACAACUAGUCAGCCUGGAACGACGACUUUGCCACCACUACUGGUAAAAUAUCCAGAAGACAACGAAAUAGCAGGCAGUUCUAACAUACCCCGAAUCGGAGAAUCCCCUAGCAACUUGAACAUCCCUCUGCCGGUCGACGGCGAAAGGAGAGAAACUUUUGGAGCAAAGCUGAAUUUAGGAGCCAUCGUGGCAUUGGGAGCCUUUGGAGGCUUCAUAUUCCUUGCAGCUAUUAUUACCACCAUUGUCAUUUUAGUGAGGAGAAACCGAAGUGCCACACACUACCGCCACCGCGUAUCACCAGACUGCAACACCGUAGGCUCCUUUUCCUCGUCAAGCUCAGGUUCUCGACACGGCGGCCUGAACCGGUACUACCGCCAAGCUUGGGAGAACCUGCACGAAACUGCAGGCAGCCGGGCGGGUUUGAAGGCUGCCCAAGCUGCCCAAGAGGCGGCGUCACGGCACUCGCCACUCAGACGCAAGGAGACUCUCGACGAACCGUUCCCGAAUGGAGACAAGGCGGUGCCGGAACGCAAGCGGCACCACCACCAUCAUCACCACCAUGACGGCGCGAGUAGGGGUGGCAGAGGAGGAGGGGCAGCGCCUCUACAUCAUCACAAGCGCUACUGACAACCGUGUUUGGUUGUUACGGUGCACGUGGAGGAGUGAAGACCGAGAUGGUUGUUCGUGAAUGUUGAGUGACCUGAACAACGCGACGCCCAGGAUGUCUGAAAAUAUGUGGACAAGCCUUCGGUAGCUCCUUAAGGGUCCUUGUUUUUAAAUAAUCUAUAAACGGCAUUGUAUACAUACAGGGUGUUCAUUUGAAAACUUCCCACCGCGGUUUUGUCGAAAACCACUGACUAAAAGAAAAAACGCCGAGACAUGUCGAGAGAUUUGUCAAGGGGGACAACUUUUUAACUAAAAACUACUUCACCCCAUUUCCUUGAUUUUGAAGUUUGACUUUUGUAAGUUGGUCGAUUCGUUUUCAAGAGAAUUAGAAAAAUCUUUAUUUAUAUUAACUUGUUCAGAUAGAAAACAAAAACACAAGAAAAUAUCCGUUAUCGGCCAAACAAUGAUACAGGCGAUGUUCAAAUUCCUAACGGACAUUUUCAAAAACAUGUUGUGGGAUAUCAUGGCAGCUUUCGAUGAUGCGUUGACGAAGUUCAUCCAAACUUUUAAGUUGGGGAGUAAACACAACAGAUUUUCAAUGGCCCCUAAUGACGUUAAAUCAGGAGAUCUAGCAGGCCCUCCUCGCCCUGUCUAGCCAUUGCCGAACCGGAAGAACAUAGUGAAGAGGAGCGCCGUCUUGCUGGAAAUAUAUUUCAGCCUCAUCAAGUAUAGCGUCUCUAUCCUCUUCGAUUUGGUUUUCAAUGGUUUCAGUGAUAAGGGGAUUAUUUUCCAACAUAUCCAAAUAAAUGUCUCCAUUCAAAUUUCGAUUAAUAAACAAUGGCCCAAUCACUUUGUUUCCUAAAAUACCUGCCCAUACAUUAAUUUUUUUAGGGUUACUGGGUAUGCCCUUCUACAAAAGCAUGAGGAUUUUCAUUGCUCCAAUACCAGCAGUUAUGCUUAUUAUCAAAUCCAUUUAGAUAAAAUGUGCAUUCAUCACUGAAGUAGAUAUCGCGCAGUCAUUUAUUCACAAAACUCAAUUCGCCUAGGAAAAUCAUUUUCGUUUAACUAUUGCAAUAUUUUCACUAUGAAUGGAUGAAAUUCAUGGAGUUUAGUAGCUGUGUGUUCAGAGCCUAAUGAAAUACCAGUCACAGCAACAAUUUUGGGUAAUGAAGUAUUAGGAUUUAUUCCAAACUGACCCAAAACUUCAACUUGAGCGGCUCUAUCCAAUACUCUCCGAUGAUCACGUUUUUUAUUUGCAACUGAUCCAGUUUGAGUAAAUUUCCUAACAAGGUCCAAAACGUACCUAUGUGAAGUUAUCUUCCCCGGAUGCGUUAAACGUGAAGGCAGUUUGCAGAGCACAUUGAUUUUGGGCACCAUACAUUAGAAUCAUUUCCACUCUUUCGGCUAGUGUGUAAACAAUUUUGGAAGUAAAAUUUAACUCAAUAAAUUAAUUUUUACCAUCCCAAGAUUAUCGCAAAGGUAUAACAAUAAAUACAGUUCGCCCAGGAUAUCUAAGUUGAUGAAAAGAAUGCGGAAAAAAAUUCGGGUUGUUAUUUGGUUGUUGCCACGUCUAAUUUUCGGAAUUGGCGUUUAUUUUGGUAGUUUCCGUUUAAGCGAAUUGUAGAUUUGGCAAACCCUAACGAGCAACAUUUUGAACACUUAUUGAAAUAAAAAGUGAUGUCUUCGAAUGUUUUUGUUUUCUAUCUCAACAAAUUAACUAAUUUUCUAAUUUUUUCGAAAAUGAAUUGACUGAUUUUAAAAAACAAACGUCAAAAUAAAGGAUUUCCAAAUACCUUACUCUCUUAAAAAUUUUAAGGGAAUGACCCUGAGGGGCCGAGGGUGGAAGAUGGUGAAAUAAUUUUUUUAAUCCGUGGUGGGAGGUUUUCAAAUGAACACCCUGUAUGUAGAUGAUUUUCCUAGACGAUUAUUAUUUAGGACCUCGUAAAAUAGUAUUAUUAUGAACCUUUGUUUCGCUAGAACAGCCUAGGGAUAUUAGUGAUUAUUAUCCCCACGAUACUACUGUUAUUUUGUCCUGAAUCCAUCAUUUUGGAAAAUCUUGGAAAUAUAUGAUGUCGUUCGAAGGUUAUUCAAGAAAGGCUAUUUUUUAGUAACGGCCUUCAGGGGUAUGAAUCUCCCAAGGUAGACCACUGUAUUCUACACAUGUCGGAGAGAUUGGGUGCAUAUGGGAUCAGUCCGUUUGUAGUUAUUACGUUUUUUUUAAUUUCAGGAAAGGCUGAAUGUCAAUUUAAGCUUUGAGAUAUCGUACAGCACUGAUUAGCCAAAGUAACUAUGUAUAAUUUACUUGCAUCAAACAACAAGCCUGUGAGCUUGUUAUACGUUGUUCAGGUUACGUUUGUAGUAAAAAGGUGUGAUAGUGUCACCAGUGGCAACCAACAGGUCAUUUCCUCAUUAUUGUCUAUGUUAUCACCAAGAGCGAUUUCACUUUAUUUGUUUAAACAAACAAGAUAGUAAUAUCUUGUCAAAUGUACCUUCAUAAAAGACAGCCUUAUUCGAUCUGAGGCCUUCUUAUUGCCUUGCAUAAUCGUCAACUACGAUGCUUAUUUGCUUCACAACCUCCUUUGAGGAACACGGAAGCUUACCCAACGUGAUCCUUCCGCGUCAGCGUCAAAAUAACGUUUGAUAAUCAGACACGAUGAGGAGGCCUCAACGAUAGGAAAAGCCCGUCUGCUGUGAUAUUUGGAAAUUCUCAUGUCAUUCCCAAGUGACAGGACAAAUUAAGACGUUUUUACAAUAACUAAGCCUCCAGGAACAAUUAUGCGUUCUAAGGAUCAUGACUACACUCGAGGACUAAUUCUUGAAAAUGAGAGUGUAAGAUAACUGAUAAAAAGGAACUGCAUUUUGUAGUGACAGAUGAGUUCCUCAGAUCAUCUCAGGCGAUAAAGUGCAGAAGUCAUCCAUCAGUCUCAUCUCAAACUUUAUGAUGACUCAUUUAACGAUAUGAAAACCCAGGAGCAUAUUUUGCCGAAAAUGCUACCAGAAAUGCAUGCAAUACUUUCUACUGUCUUGUUUUCAAGCAUUGUCCUCCUGGACAAAUCGUUCUUGCUGUGUAUUUAGGAUUUCAAACUGAGAAGUCAGGCUUAUGCAGUAUGGUACUUGGACUCAUGAAAUAAUGUUCCGAUUUUUAUAUCAUUUCCUUCAAAACUGCUUCAUUUUAGUGAGCUAUGAAAUACAUAAUAGUGUUAUUUGAAUCAGGCAACAAACAAUGUGAAAUCACUCUCGUAUCGGGAAAUAAAAUGUAUGGUUAUUUGUGUCCCUAAACAAAUGUUUUCAUAGUGUGAGAUGAUUUAAAGUCAAUACAAUCUACAUUCAUAGUACUUUCAAUAUUCUGCAUUACCAGAUUACGUAACAAAGGAGGUAAAAAUAGUAUAAUCUAGAAAGUUUCGAAAUUUAGUAUUUUGGAAGUAUAUUCAACUAUUCUAACUGCAGUAAGAAUUUCUCUUCCUUCUAUUAUAUCGAGAUACAGACAGCAUCAUCAAAUCUACAUGGUAUGAAAACUUUUGUUGCAAAUGUAAAUAGUCUCUCAUAUUACAAAGAAUGUAUUCCUUGGCUUUACUUUAAAGUGUUUUCUAUACCAAGACAAAAAAGUGAAGCUAACGUCAUUCGCGUCUAUUUAAACUGGAUACACAGUGACUGAACUUUAUUAUUGUAUUUUAUACUGUUGCAGAACAAUUUUAAGCGAUCAUCUUCUGUCCAUUAGUUAAGAUUAUUUAUUAGGCAAAAGUAUCUAGUGCCAUGAAUUAGGCAUUUCUCAAACUGACUUUGUUGGAUUUUUU